AUGAAUAGUCAGCUUCCAGGCCUACAACAAAAAUCCCACCCCACUUCCAGCUAUGUAUUCAUGACUCGACUCCGACUGGUUCGUCCCAAGUGCAAGAAAAGAUCCGAAGCCGCUCGAAGCUCGGAUCGAGCAACAGAUCGAGCUCUGAGACACGGACACAAUCACAAGAACCUCGGAAAACCAAACAUGACGAAGUUGUUGGACCUCCCUGUAGAAUGCCUCCAGGCCGUUGUUGCCUACUCCUCGUCUCCCAAUGACCUCUGUGCCUUGGACGAGACGAGCCGGAUCGUUUGCAAUUUGACAGAGCCAUUUUGGGAAAAAUUGGCACUAGAGACAUUUGGCAUCAAGAAAUGCUCCAAAGCUGGUGGCAAGGCGGCGUGGCGAAAAGGCAAAGCAUUGACAUCUCCUGAACGAGGCUGGCACUUUGUCUUUCAAAUUGAACCCAAAGAGACUCUGGAACAGCGAGCUAUCCUGGACACGCACCAUGGAGAUCAUUGGACUUACUGCGCAGUGGGUGGUUCUGGGAACUCUGAAGUGAUCUGCUUGUCAGAAGAUUCUUCCAAGUUUGCUGUGUUGCAAAAUGAUGAGUUCUACCGGAAAUAUGCGCUUGAGGAAAUGUUUCCUGAAGAUCAUGACAGACUUGCUGGUGAGCUUGGUAGAAGUGGCUUUGCAGUCAUGGUACUUGGUUGUGAAAAUCAUUUCAUCAUCUAUGCAAAUGGCAAACUCUACGUGGUUGGCUUCAAAGGACACGAGAAGAUAUCCGAUGAGAACAAUCCAAUUGUACCUCUUCGAUCGGUAGAUUUGAUACCAUCAUUAGAGGAUGCAUGUGGUGCAUGCAGUUGUAGCAUGAAGUGGGGGUCCAAUGAUUUGCUACCUGGUACAUUUAUUGUCAAUGACGAAGAAAUUUCAGUGUGGCAUUUUGAUGACAAAACUUCUACGCUCUCCCAUGUGCAAACGCUCGAGACCGAAGAAGGGAAGCAGUAUAAUGCAGUCGCUGUUAGUGAAAGGCACAUUGUUGCUCUUCUUGAGGACACAACGUGUCUCCACCUCUACGAUCGGAGCACUGGGGCCAAGAUAGCAGAACAGGACUUCUGCUUGAAGGGGAUUGGUGCCAGCCAACUGCCAAAUUUUGGUCCUCAGCUCCAUGUUGUUGGGGAGAUCGUUGUCUGUACUUCGUUUGGUGACAAUGGACUGUGCGUCUGGCAGCUGCUGACAAAUGAAACUCACCAUGUACCAAGGGUCACGAAUCGAGAUUCCGAUGAGGUCACCUCGAUGGUUCAGGUGAAUGGAGGCGGAUAUACCUGCUUCCUCUCUCGUGCUUUUAACAAAAUGAAUGCAACAGUCUGGGGAUUCCCAGAGUCUGAACAAGGCCUUCGCAACCUUCAAGAGCUAGUCAAGCGCCAUACAUGGGUGUCAGGUCCGCCUAUCAGUAUCCCAAUCAACAAGAAGCGACGACGAGACGACAUGUGA